AUGUCUUUUCAAUAUACAGCACGUUUAAAGGUUCCCCAAUUACCGGACGAACCGUUCGAUGAAAAUAUGUGGGCUAAGCUCUGGCGCCAAGGAGUGAGAGGAUUCCGAGUGUGGGAUUUUGGGACUCUUCAGAAAGGAUCUCAGGUUGCAACUGGGUGCAAUGCACCAAACCUUCCUGCCUACCAAGUUAGCAUUCCAGUGUCAGAUGUAUUCUGGAACCCACCGAUCAUUGCGGGAGUUCUGGUUGUGUCUGGAUAUGUUGAGAUGGUUCCUAAUACGAUAAAUGCCAAUAACUUUAAUAUUGAUCUAUACAGCAUUCAGCAGUUAGAAAAAUGUAUUCUAAUAGCCCAGAUACUUCUUAAUGAGGAACCCGUAGUUGAAUAUCGUCCAUCUUUUAUGGAAGGAUUAGAACUUGAUGCCUUCUUCCGAAGUAAUCGAAUUGCAUUAGAGGUGCAAGGAGCUCAGCAUCGGCUCCAUAACACUAGCUGGUAUAAAGAUGUCAAAAAACUCGAGGAUAUUGUUAACCGUGAUCGAAAGAAAAGAACCCUUUGUCAACUUAAUGGGAUCUAUCUUCUUGAAGUAUGGUAUGAUGAAAAUCCAGAAGUCACUAUUCCUAAGAAAAUAUAUAAAUUUAGAGAGUUUAUUGAUAGAAAAAUCUUUAAUCUUGAUUAA